AUGAUCGUGCCAGAGAGCGGACCGGUGCUGGCACAGCCGGCGGGGGGCGAGGGGUCGUCUGUAGACGCAGCGCCGGACGAGUUUGAUAUCGUCGCCACAUACCAUCGGCUGCUCGCCGAGGACGCCGACCUGACGCGGCCCAUUGCGGCCAUCGAGGCGCUCAUCGAGGUGCUCCGUCACACCCCGUCGUCCACAGCCAUGGAGACGUACGAGAUCAGCGAGACACAGGUGCUGCGACUGCACGCUGCCGUCCCCAACUCGCUGCCCAUCGAAGCCGGAACCCGCAUGUUCACCGGCUUCCUCAGCAUGUCCAUGCGCCAGCCGAGCGCUGCUCCCAUCAACAUGACCGCCAGCACCACCAGCAGCAUCGGCGGCCUCGACAGCUUCGACAAGAUCCGUCAGCACCUGCUCGACAACAGCCAGCUCUUUGUCCAGCGCGCCAAAGAGGCCCGUCACCGCAUCGCUGAUCGUGGCUGUCGUCUCGUCGAAUCCGGCCACGUCGUCCUCACUGCUGGUGGCUCGCGUGCCGUUCAAGCCCUUCUGCUCAAGGCCGCUGAGCGUCUGACCGCUCGCCAAUCUGGACUUCCGGCCGCCUCACCCGAUGAAUGGCCUUUUCCGACGGCACCCGAACCCACAUCCGCCCCCUUCACCGUCCUCUAUGUCGUCGACGAACGCUCACGUCAAGAGUCUGAACGUCACAUGACCGUCCUGCGCAGCCACCACAUACCCGUUAUUGAGAUCGACCCCAGUGCUGUCGCCUAUGCCCUCGAGGCCUACGCCGUCCGCUCUGUCUUCGUCGGCGCCGAGGCUGUCACCCACGACGGCAAAGUCGUCUCUCGCAUCGGCACCUUCCAGCUUGCCGUCCUUGCUGAUGCCGCCAAGCCCAAGCGCAAUUUCUUCGUCCUCGUUGAGACCCACAAGUUCGUCCGCAAACUGCUGCUCAACAACCGCGACCUCUCCCGCAUCAACGUCCAGCAGGCCUUCUUCGCCCCAGACGGCUCCUCUCCUAGACCUGUUCCUGCUCGUGUCGCCAGCCAGCCGCCCGCAAAACCCCUGCUGCCCUUCUGCAGUCAGGUCGACGUCACCCCCCCUACUCUCGUCACAAACUUCAUCACCGAGAACGGCAUAAUACAGCCGUCUGGAUCCUACCGCAUCGUCGCCUACUAG